AUGUCUGGAAACUAUGGUGAAAGAUCGGAGAAGAAAAGGAAAGAGCUUUUUGAUUUGGGGCAAGACUCUCAGCAUAUUCCACUAGCAGCUCAAGUGCCGUGCUCUGUUUCUCUGAUUUUGUCUUUAAAUUCGUCUCAUUUUGGGAUCACUUUCUGUUUCAGACCAAGCUUGUACCUCAGGCCGUCAGAUCGGAUGGGGUGCUUCGGCUCCAAAUCCUCCACUUCUGAGCAGGAUCCUUUUGAAGCUGAAACUGAUAUCGUCAGACAAGUGUCAUCGUAUGAUGCUCACGUUCAAGAAGAAGAAGAUGAGCAGGUUGCUUUGGCCAUUCAACAAUCUCAACAAGAGGCAGAGGAAAGAAGGCGGCGCACCAGAGACUUAGAAGAGAAGCAUGCACAGGAAAGAGGAGAAACCCAAAAUUAUGACAACUCUUCUUCUUCUUUGAAAUACAAACAAGAUGGACAGGCUUCUGAGGAGAAAGACAAAAGAAAACAGUUUGAAGAACACGUGAAGCAGGAUGAACAACUUCCUCCUCCUCCUCCUCCUCCACUUGAAGAAGAACAUAACAACAUUUCCUCUAGAGCUGCCUUGGAUGAUGAGCAGCGGAUUAGCAGGGAGAGUUUGAAGGAUAAGGGUCAAACAAAGCCAUCUGAAGAUGACGACAAUGGAAAGCUCGUUGAGGCGAUUCCUCCUCCUCGCAUGUGUGGUGGUUGCCACUUUGAGAUUGAAGACGGAGGAUCUAGUGUGGAUGUCAAUGGUGUUCCUUGGCAUCCUAAAUGUUUCUCUUGUGGUGCUUGCCACAACCCAAUUGCUAUCCACGACGUUCAUAACCAUGUUUCAAACUUAAGAGGCAAGUUUCACGAGGCCUGCUAUGUACGGUACUGCUAUGUCUGCAAAGAGAAGAAGAUGAAAGAAUACCACCAGCAUCACUUCUGGAGGGAGAAGUACUGCCCUGCUCAUGACUCUGAUGGAACUCCCAAGUGUUGCAGUUGCGAGAGGCUAGAGCCUAGGGGAACGGGUUUCGUAAUGCAUGAUGAUGGAAGGUGGCUAUGUCUAGAAUGUAUGGAAUCAGCGGUUAUGGAUACUUACGAGGCCCAUAAUCUGCACUUGGAGAUCCGUGAAUUCUUCCAUGGCUUAAACAUGGAGAUUGAGAAAGAGUUUCCUCUUCUUUUGGUUGAGAAACAAGCGCUGUAUAAAGCUGAGGAGGAAGAGAAGAUUGAGGAUCAGCAUGGUGUGGUAACCAGAGGUAUUUGCCUGUCUGAAGUGCAAACUGUCACAAGUGUGUCAAAAGGGCCAAAGAGGGGAGGGCUUAACAAGAAGCAGCUAGAAGGCAAGGUCACGGAAUCUCAACAGGUUGACAGUGGAUGUCCGGUCACUGCAAUUCUCAUCUUAUAUGGACUUCCUAGGUUACUAACCGGAUCUCUCAUGGCUCACGAGAUGAUGCAUGCUUAUCUUAGACUCAAUAAAUAUAAUAAUUUGAACAAGGUUCUGGAAGAAGGACUAUGCCAAGUGCUAGGGCACAUGUGGUUGGAGACUCAGAGAUACGCCCCUAUUGAUGUUUCUGCGGCUUCUUCUUCUUCUUCUUCUUCAUCAAAUGCGGCAAAGAAAGGUGAGUGGUCUGAACUCGAGAAGAAGCUGGUGGACUUUUACAAGAAUGAGAUAGAGACAGCUGAGUCAGAAGUCUAUGGUGAAGGGUUCAGGAUAGCUAACAAUAUGGUGACAAAUUCCAGCCUCCAUGAAACCCUCAAAGAGAUUAUUCUUCGCGGCCGGGGUUGAAGAAGAUGAAGAAGAAGACCAUCUCAGAUUCAAUGUUUUUGAAUCAGUUCAUGUACGUACGAAAUAUAUAUAUGAUUGUACACUUAUGCACGUUUUGGCUUUUUUCCUUUUUUGGUGUGUCUUCUUUUCGUCAUUGUCUUCUUUUGUGUGUAAAACUGUUUUUCUUCUUGAUUUGCCGGUAUAGUUGGAGCUGUUCCUCCGAACCACUAGUUCCCAUUCCCCGUAGGCUUUUUUUUUUCUUCUUGAAACUGAUUGUCACUGUGACUACUGAGUAGAGAUGUUUUCUCUGUC